GCUGGUAUUUUAGAAGUGAAGGUUAUUUUAAUCCUUUUUUCUCAAUAAGAAAAAGUGGUUGAAUUUUGUUUAUGAGUUGGUCUGAAAGAGAGGGUAUAGUUUGGGGAGUUUUUAGUUGAGCUUUCUGAGCACCUUAUAGCAUUUAAAUGUGUAUAGUUGCUCAUUUUUCCAUUUUUACAUGAGGCCAGAGAGAUAUUUAAGGUAAGGUAAUUGAAAUGAGUGGUAGUUCUUUUUUCCUGUGAGGAAAAAAGUUCUUUUUCCUGUUCCUUUUGCCUUUGUUGUUAAUGUCUGCCUUGUUGAAAAGUACAGCCAGGGACAGUCUUAAACUCCAUGUGUGGCUUUUGCUCUUCCACAAACCUAAUGGCUCAUUCUUGUCUCUUCACAGCUUUCCCAUGGUUUGGCAUGGACAUUGGGGGAACAUUGGUCAAACUGGCCUAUUUUGAACCUAUUGACAUCACUGCAGAGGAGGAACAGGAGGAGGUGGAAAGCCUGAAGAGCAUCCGCAAAUACCUGACUUCCAACGUGGCCUACGGAUCCACUGGCAUUCGGGAUGUCCACCUGGAGCUGAAGGACUUAACCAUUUUUGCUCGAAGAGGAAACUUGCACUUUAUUCGGUUCCCAACUCAUGAUUUGCCUACCUUCAUCCAAAUGGGAAGAAACAAAAACUUCUCAACACUACACACGGUGCUCUGUGCCACCGGCGGUGGCGCCUACAAGUUCGAGGAAGAUUUUCGCACAAUUGGAAACCUCCAGCUGCACAAACUGGAUGAGCUUGACUGCCUUGUCAAAGGCUUAUUGUACAUAGACUCUGUCAGCUUCAAUGGCCAGGCAGAGUGCUAUUAUUUUGAAAAUGCCUCAGAUCCUGAGAGAUGCCAAAAGAUGCCUUUUAACCUGGAUGAUCCAUACCCAUUGCUGGUUGUUAACAUUGGUUCAGGAGUCAGUAUUUUAUCAGUCCAUUCCAAAGACAACUAUAAAAGAGUAACUGGAACAAGUCUAGGUGGAGGGACCUUCCUUGGGUUAUGCAGUUUGCUGACAGGCUGUGAAAGUUUUGAAGAAGCUCUGGAAAUGGCAUCCAAAGGAGACAGCACACAUGCUGACAAGCUGGUUCGGGAUAUUUAUGGAGGAGACUAUGAAAGAUUUGGUUUGCCAGGAUGGGCUGUAGCAUCCAGUUUUGGGAAUAUGAUCUACAAAGAGAAGAGGGAGUCUGUCAGUAAAGAAGAUCUUGCCAGAGCCAUUCUGGUCACCAUCACCAAUAACAUUGGCUCUAUUGCCCGGAUGUGUGCAGUGAAUGAGAAAAUAAACAGAGUUGUGUUUGUUGGCAACUUUUUGCGUGUGAAUACUUUGUCAAUGAAGCUUCUUGCAUAUGCACUGGAUUACUGGUCAAAAGGUCAGCUGAAGGCCUUGUUCCUAGAACAUGAGGGAUACUUUGGAGCUGUUGGUGCUCUGCUUGGGCUGCCAAAUUUCAGUUGAGAUGCCAGAUGUCACUACACUGAACUCCUUUCCACCUGAAUGACACUUGUUUAUGUCAAUGGGAAUCAAAUCUGGGGAGGGGAGGAGAAAAAAGCUGAUUUUCUGUAACUCUUUUUAAGAAGUGAUGAAGCUACUGAGUAUUGCUGUUGUAAGGAACGGGGUUUCACUCUGCUGGGCAUUGGCAAGUGAACUGUUUGUGGCUGUAAUUUAUGUUCUUUGGUACGUGUAGCCAGUAGUGAACUUCUAUUAUGCAAUACAUCCUCUGAAAACAACUUUCCAGAAAUUCCAGAAGAAGGAAUGCCAAACCCUUAAGUGCUCAGGAUGCAAAUAUUGCAGGUUUAGCCCCAAGGCUUUAGGCCCAUAAGUUUAUAUAUAGAAUUGAUGACUAAAAAAUUAUUUUCAUUAGUUAUGCUGUUAUUAUGAGCACAAGAUUUAUGUGUUCUUACAGAAAACAACAGAUAGCCUGGUACUAUUGACAAGAUGAGGAAACUGUAGACAAUUGCUUCCCACAGCAAACAUAGUAAUUAUUUUAUUUUUAUGUGUAAUAUUAAUGCUUUAAUUUCCAGUGGGAAGAAUAGAAACACAGAGAAUCAGCCAAAGCAGCAGAUUAAGCAGUUGAUAUUUUGAAGGUUUUCUGAAGUUACCUUAAUUUAUUGGAAGAUUCAGCUGGUAUUUUGGGAAGAUUCCUCUCUCUUUGUUUGGAUUUGGAAACGAGUUCAGUGAUUAAUGAAGUCAGGUUUUAGGGGAAGAUUUUUUAAAAUUUUUUUUUGAGGACAUGAAUUCCAAAAUGCCUUCUGGAUUACUUUUUUUUUUUUUUUUUGCCUCCUAAGUUCUUCCAUCAUGAAUCAUCAUUUAUAAAGGUACCCUAAAGCCUGGGAGAAUUGAGGAAAUCCUUUUAAAAUAGACUAAUUAUGGGACCUCAUAACUGAUGCUUUGGCUUGUUUCUGUAGAGGUUUGGGAAAAUUUUUGCCCCAUCCUACUGAUUUGAAGUUGUGAUUUCCCUGUAAUUUUGUAAGAGUUGAUCAGAAUUCAAGCAGAUGUUGAAGUUGAAAGGUUACUUUUGGAUUUGGAAGUUUGUUUUUGGAAGUUGAGGACAACAUCAGAGUUUGUAUUGCAGCAGCAAAUGGACCAAUAUUUAAUGCACUUGCAAUAUGGAACAAUUGUGGCCUUGGGAUAAAAUCCAUACUCUGGAGCUGAUUUUUGGGGUUUUCUGUAGACUUUUAAAAUUUACAGUUAUGAUUAUUACAGUAACUUCAGCCCUGAAGCCAGGGCAUGAGAUCUUAAACUUACAGGACUAUCAUACAGUCAGUAGCUGUAUGACUUUUUGUGGACUAAAGCUACCCAAUUUUGUGAUAUUUUCCUGUUAAAUUUAUUUCCUGUAAGUGCAUGAGGAGCAACCAGACCCAGACACGUUCAUAUCUUGGGGUUUAAGGUUUUUAAAACUGAUUGCUCAAGUAUUCCACAGCAUGGCUGUGUUGUAUUUACAGAUACAUCCCCCUUGUGUUAGAAACCCCUGUGCUGUUUUCACUCUUCUCUUUCUCAAAAUUCAAAGCCCCAAACUAACAUCAUAGGGUUUUGCUUUUAAAAUUUUCUGUGGUCCUUUCAGAGUACAGUACCUUAGAGUAGGCAACUCAUUAAGUGCAAUGCUAAUCACAAAUGCAGUUCCAUUUAUUGUUGCUUUUCCUGGUACUUGUACUUCAUUUGCAUUGUGCUUGCUUUGAUGUUUCACUAUAGACAUAAACAACUAAAAAUUACACUCACAGUUCAGCUGAUCUAAUGCUAAAUCAGAGCACUUCAGAAAAUAAGUGAAUACAGUUUUUCUAGAAUGUCUUUAUAAAUGCUGUAAACGGUUCCUUUUGAGUUAGGAUUGACUAUCAGAAGUAACCUUUCUUUGGUUAUAAAACUGUGUAUAAACUUAAUUUUCUGAAUGUUCUGGCAGCCUGCUGAAAAUUUUGCAAACUAACUGCAUAUUUUACUCACAAAGGGUGCUUUAGGAGACAUACUACACUCCAUUAGAAACAGUUCCUUUAGCCCAUGUUUAUUGCUACUUCAUUUGUGAUACUCAGUCCUCUUGAAGCAGUAGUUAGAAGUUACUUGUAUAUUUAACCAAAAGCACAUAUAGAAGAUGAUUACCUAAUACCCAUAGUUCAUUAAACCAAUUGAAGUUGAUGUGACGUAACAUACAUUUUUUUAAGUAAACUGUACAGAGUUACAAAUAAAAUAAGCAAAUGGAGUAAUUCUUGAAUAGCUGUACUGUAUAGAAACUACUGUGAGAAUCAAAAAGUAUGCCCUACCUCUGUUUUAUUUCCCUUGAGCUUCUAAAAAAAAUUGGCUUUCUGUUGCUAAUUUUAUCAGCACAAUUGUUACUUCAUUACAAGAGCAACCACAGCAGUUGUCAAGCCCUACUGUAAAGCCCAGGGCUCCUGUGUUUAAGCCACAUCUUUGGGUUUCAUCUCAUUUUCUGUCAGCUCAGAACUUGUUACCAGAGUCUCCAAAGAUUGACUCUACCACCAGGAGAAAUGAUAGGCAUCACAAAUAGUUGCAAGAUAAGCCUUAAUGUCUUUUCUUCUAAAUUCUCUUGUAAACAGGUUGAAAAUGCUUGUUUCUUUUGUAUGAGUCACUGAAGUAAGUUGCUUUGUCCUGCUAGUCUGUUUUUACUUUCACCUUUGCCAUUUCUUUUCCUCAGAGCUAAUUGGUUGAAGCAGCUUUAGGGUGAAUUGUUUUAGUGUGAGGUACUACAGUAGAGAAAAUUUGGCGUUUUCUCAGGACUACUGUGGUCUUCUCAAGUGGAAACACUGUCUAGAGGAAAGUUCUGUGAUAGUUCUUGAAAGUAAAAGUAAGAUCCCUUUUGAAUGUGUAAUCAUCUGCAGCUCAGUCAGCCAUGUGAGUGCCUUUUGAGUUUUUCAUGUAAUGCCAAUUUUAUGGUACUUUAUCCAUGAGGUUUCCUACCCAAUAUUACUUA